UAGGGGCUCGGAACUCGCAAAAACAUCAGCAAUAAAUACGGUUAUGUUCAUUUUUGUAUAAAUUGAUAGCAUAAUAAUGAAUACUGCCGAAUAUUCCCAUUUUACAUCAUUAUUCGUGGUUAUAAAAAUUAUACUUUACUGCAUUAUCAUCAUUAAUGACGUUUAUAUUGACACGGAAUUCUGGAGAGAUUUCGAUUAGGAUUUUAUUGUCUAGUGUAUUUAGAAGCGAAUAUUUGCAGCGAUGGAACAAGAUAUUUUUCGUCAGAUUCAAUUUAAUUUAGGCACCGAUCUUCCUAAAUGUGUAGUGGAUAUUUUGAAAGCAUUGGAAUUUACAAACGUCGUUGCUCUAAAAGAAAUAAAUUCGGAAACAGUGAAACAAAUCGAGGAAUUUUGCAAUGAGAACCCAGAAGUUUUGGGCCAUUCACUUAUUGGAACAGUUUAUGAAAAAGUGAAGCCAUUCAAAUUUUUACUCGGCCACCGUUUAGUAAUAUUACAAUUGCCAAAUUAUUGUAAGAGCAUUGAAAACAAUAGGUCGAACGAUGAUUUGUUGACGGACUCGACCAUAAUGCGAGCGUUAAAGGAAAAUGCCCGAAUUAAUUUGAACCGACCAGAAUCUGGCAAAAGAUACAAUACAACAAGCAAAACAUACGCUAUAUAUCUCUAUUUAAUGGGAGGCAAAGCACUGUAUGAAUCUAUUUGUGCAAAUUUACCAUUACCGAAAGCGGACACAGUCUUGAAAUAUGUCGAGAAAAAUAAACAAAAAAUAUGUGAAGGUGAAUUGCGUUGCACCGGUCUAGUUGAAUACUUGGAAAAUUUCAAUUUGAAAAAAGUUGUCUGGGUGUCAGAAGACGGAACUGGUAUAAACACCAAAAUUGAGUACGAUAAUUCAACUAAUCAAAUCGUUGGAUUAGUUCUCCCAAUAAAUGGAACCAAUGGAAUGCCUGUAUCAUAUACAUUUUUGGCCAAUUCAGUGGAUGAUAUUCAAAAAUACAUUAAAAAACCAGUGUCAACAUUAUUGUAUGCCGUUCUGGCUCAACCAUUGCAACCAAACAUUCCUCCAUAUGUGCUUCAAAUUUUUGGCACGGAUAAUACAUUUGAAGCAAAAGAUGUUGUUCGCCGAUGGGCGCAUAUCACCGAAGAGCUGCGCAAACAUGGAAUAGAAGUGGCUGGAUUUUCAUCAGAUGGAGACACCAAAUUAUUCAGUGCAAUGUUACAUUACUCAAAUCCAUGUUUAAAAAAUGUUUGCGAUCAUUUUACACAAGUCAAUGACCCAUUGCGUCACACAAUUGCAUACAUGCAAGACACAAUUCACACUGUUUUAAAAAUGCGAAAUCGAUUUCUAUCGCCCGGAAUCAUUCUACCAAUGGGUACCAAAGUGGUAUCUGUAUCUCAUUUAAAAAUGUUGAUCAAUAAAGUUGGAAAGGGCGUACAUGGCUUAGUCAUGAAAGAUAUAUGUGGUGAUGAUCGUCAAAAUUAUAAUGCGCUCAAGCAAAUAAUGAAACCUGAAGUAACGGAAGCAUUAGCAGAACAUAUAAUCGAUAGCGAAGCAACUAUAAUGUACAUUAAAAUUUGUCAUGAAAUCUCAUCUGCCUUGUAUGAAGAAGGACAUCUACCUCUACAACGAGUUUAUCUCAUAUGGCAUGCAACAUUUUUCCUCCGUGCAUGGAAAAAAUGGAUACAAAAUUCGAGAAGUUCAAUUGCUAAAAAAGGUGAAUAUUACACUGUUGGAGACAAUUUUCUCACCCGAAAUUGUUAUGGCUGUAUUGAAAUCAAUGCAAAUAAUCUAAUCUCUUUAAUGCAAACAUUCCGUGAUCGAAAUAUGGAUGAAUUGUUCUUAGUAACUUUGUUUAAUUCGCAACCAUGCGAGGAAUUUUUCCGGCAGCUUCGUUCUAUGGGAACAAUAAAUUUUACGAAAGUCAACUUCACACUCUUAGAAGUGUUACAUCUUAUCUCACGUGUUGAGCUCUUGAAUGAAUGUAUUUACAUCAAGUUGAAGGAUAUGGGCGUUUCGUUUCCACGCAACAAAAUAAGCAACUCUGGCUUGAAUAAAUUCCCACUUCCUUCGGAUGUAGAAAUAAAAACUUCAAUUGACAAUGCUCAACGUGAUGCAUUAUUGGAUGCAGCACGAUUCGGAAUGAAAAUUGAUCCAUGCGAUGUGCAAACGUGUAAUUUAGAUGAUAUUGACGUGUUCUUAAAAAAACCAAAGCGAAAACAUAAUGAAACUGAUGGAGACGAUGAAGAUCAGACUUUCAAAAUGCUUUCUGAAUGUCCAAAUAUACGCAGCUACUCACCAGAAAAAUAUCAAUCAAAAGCACCAUUCAUUGAAAUUACCACGGAUAAAGGAACAAAGAAAACAAUAAGAAAGUCAACACUUGUAUGGAUGCUUUCUGAAGCGAAAGGUAAAUUGAGUAAAGAUCGUUUACAAAGAGUUCAAGAUGUUGACAACCCAAAAAAAGUUCGCCGAAGUCUAAAAUUCGAUCCAGAACUUUCAGUUGAGAAGACUUUAAAGAAGAAAAAGGAGCUACAAGUGGGUGAUUGGUGUAUUUUUCAUGAGCAGGAAAAUAAUAAUCAUCAGAAAAACAUUUAUGUAGGAAAUGUUUUAUCAUUUAAAUAUAUUGAAGGAAAAACUGCCAAACAAAAACAAUAUACAUGGGAUUUCGCACCCGUUUCACCACCUGAAGGUGAAAAUGAUACGAAGAAAGGUAUUCAAGUGUUGGCUUCGUGGUAUAAAAUGACCGCAAGUACCAAACUGGAACCAAUAGCUGUUGUCAACAAUUUUUACCUAAACAUUGAAAAUUACAUUGCAACUCUUUCGCGUCAACCAUUCCAAUCUACAGAUUUGAAAAUUAUCGAUGAAGAAUUUUUCGCAGUCAUUAAAGCCGAGUUACUAAAACUAUGUGAAAUCUCUCAAUGA